AUGGUCAAUCUGUCUCUGCGUCCCCGUCCUGCCAAGGCCAAGUUCAAGGGUCUGCCCGCCAACCUCGAGGUGUCUCCUGAGGACACGGUGGCCUCUGUGGUGGCGAAAUUGAGCGCUGCCACCAAACUGUCCAAGUCCCGAAUUCGGCUCACUGUGGCCGAUGAGGAGAAUGGAGGCGCUCCCGGAGCCAAGAAGAAGCACAUUGUGCUCAAGCCCGAGCACGCUGUCGGCGAUUACCUCUUCUCCGACUCUCCUGUGGUGUUUGUGAAGGACUUGGGCCCCCAGAUCCCCUGGAGAACCGUCUUCAUUCUCGAGUACCUGGGACCUCUUCUGGCCCACCCCAUCAUCUUCUUUGGCCAGAAGUUCUUUUACCGACAGAGCUUUGAGUACACGUUUGCUCAGAAGCUGGUCUUCACUCUAUGCAUGCUGCAUUUCCUCAAGCGAGAGAUUGAGACCAUCUACAUCCACAAGUUCUCCUCCGCCACCAUGCCUCUGUUCAACCUCUUUAAGAACUCCGGCUACUACUGGUUCAUUGCCGGUUUCAACCUUGCCUUUUUCGUUUAUGCCCCCGCCUCCUUUUCUUCUCCCCAGGCUCCUCUGUGGAAGCGUUUCCUCUUUUCCACUGGCUUCUUUGAGCGAACCCCUCUGUUCCUCAACCUCAUGGCCGCCCUGUGGCUCUGGGGAGAGACCUCCAACUUCUGGACCCACUUCAACUUGGCUUCUCUGAGAAACGAUGGCUCCAAGGACCACAAGAUCCCCUUUGGCUACGGCUUCAACCUUGUUUCCUGCCCCAACUACUUCUUUGAGGUUGUCAGCUGGAUCGCAAUUGCCCUCAUGUGUGGCAACUGGUCCGCUUAUGUCUUUACUGCCAUUGGCUUCGGUCAGAUGUACGUCUGGGCCGUCCAGAAGCACCGACGAUACAAGCGGGAGUUUGGAGACCGGUACCCUCGAAACAGAAAGGUCAUGGUUCCUUUCUUGCUUUAG